CGGACUGGCGGGAAAUCCAGCCACCACGGCGCACCCUGCAGCAGCAACAUGAGUGCAUCCACGCGAGCGUUCAAGGUCGCUUUCCGAUGCACGGCCUGCGGCAAGUGCUGCACGGGAAAAGGAGGAAAGGUCCGUGUGAAUGCUCGGGAGGUGGAAGCCAUCGCUGACCACUUGUCGACCCCCACGAGGGAGUUCCGACGACAAUUCCUGCGGCGGCACCCCGGCGACGACUUUGACUCGAUCAAGCAAACGCCCGACGAUCUCCAGUGCAUCUUCUUGGAAGGAAAACAGUGCUCCAUUUAUCCGGUCCGACCGACGCAAUGCCAGACGUAUCCGUUCUGGCCUCAGCAAUUGAUCUCCAAGUACGAUUGGGCCCUCACGUCCAAGGAAUGCGAGGGAGUCCUCCUUGAUCGAACAAGCGACGCAGACAUCGUCCCUAAUGAUCGCAUUCUCAAGGAGACAGUCAUCCAUGAAGUACAUCGGUCUGGGGAAAGCAUGACGUACAGCGAGAUCGAGUCGUUGGUGGAGGAGCUCGACCCCGACAUGCUGCAUGCGUUCGACCAGGAAGUUGCCGACAAGUAUCGUCGCGACGUAGUGUACGAAGACGAGCACGUGGUUGUCCUCGAUAGCUUCUUGGGUACCCCCAGACUACAUGCAUGCUGCUCAUCCAUCUUAACAAGCUCCUCACUCAACUUUGUACUCGUCCUCCAUGACGAUGUAGACACUUUGCCGCCCACGCGGUCGUUACAUUUCACUGAUCGGCUCGAGUUGGUCCAAAGCGAAGUCUUCUUGACACCCGAAGGGGCAGUGGAUCACUCGUACUUGUCACUGGAUGUGCAUCGAGGGUUGAGUGUUGCCCUGGGUUUCCUACAGGACGACCCCCCUCCAUCUUCCCCAUCUCCGUCCGCAGUUGCAACCGAUCCAACCUGGCGCGUUGCGAUGCUUGGCGCCGGCGCCAGCGUCCUCCCAACCUUCUGGCAGCAUGUCAUCUCUCGCCAUCGUCCUGUGCGCAUCCACGUCGUCGAGCCCAGCGCAGCCAUGUUAUAUGCUGGAACCCAUUUUUUCGAUGCAUCCGAUGCGUUGGUCGUGCACAAGCAGACGGGAAACGCGUUCGUGACAACGUUGCUUGAAUCGUCGGCCGAGUUGCUGGAUCUGGUGGUCGUCGACGUCGAAGAUGGCACGACGCAUGAACUGUUGGAACAUGGCGAUGUGUUGAGCGCGCCGCCGGCCUCGAUGACAUCCAAGGAAUUCCUGCACAACAUUCGCCGAGUCUUGGGUCCCCGCGGAGUGGUAGCUAUGAACGUCAUCGGCCAUAAGCCUACUGGAAGCCUGGAGUCGGCUGGGGGGUGGGAUGGCUUGGCGACGCGCCUCGCGACUGUGUUUGAUCAAGUGUGGGUCCUGCCCUUGGAAGCGAAUACGCUCGUGUUUGGCGUCCUGGGGUGGCCCUCCCAUGUACUACCACCAUUAUCGACGACAUCGUUGAGCGACCAGGAACAGGUCGUGCAAGACAUUUUCGAUGAAUUCCGCCCCAGAAUGCGCCGCGUACACUAACUAGAACGACGUACAUACACCUAUGUGUGAGAAUAAUGUCGUCGACGAGUGCUAAAUGUGGACACACCAUUCAUUCUCAUGUACUACCAUCUUCAAUCGAGAUGCCAUGUGGGGAAGUGGUGGUUAGAAAACACAUACUGUUC